AUGGAAAUUGUGGCCUUGCUUCUGGCGCUCUCGCUCUUGCCGUGGUUCGACACUCUGCCUGCUCGGCGCUACCGGCCCCGGGACCGACGGGUGAGCUGCCCGCAGUGCAAGCCCGACCGGUGCCCUCCGAUCCCGCGCUGCCCCGCGGGUCGAACCCGCGACGCCUGCGACUGCUGCUGGGAAUGCGGCAAUGGCGAGGGGCGGCUCUGCGACCCGGACACGUACUUCGGCACCUUCUUCGGCCGCUGCGGGGAGGGGCUGAGCUGCCGGGCCGGACCGCGGGACCCCUUCUCGGACGAAAUCCCCAAACCCCGGUGUGUCUGCAACAGACAGGAGCUGCUUUGCGGUUCCGACCACAAGACCUACGAGAACAUGUGCCAGUUCCGGGCGGCCCGCUUCAGGCUGCGCGAUCGGGGCCGGCUCACCGUGACCCACUUCGGGCCCUGCAGAGCCAAGCCGGUGAUUGUCGGUCCUCCCGGCGACGUCACCGGCAAGGAGGGAAGCGACGUCGUCUUCAGCUGCAAGGUGCUUUCUUACCCCAUGGCAGUGAUUGAAUGGAGGAAAGAGGGGAACGGUAUCUUCCUACCUGCGGAUGACACCAACAUGAUGGUGGAGGCACACGGUGGGCCCCGGCGCUUCGAGCUCACGGGCUGGCUCCAAAUCCAGAACAUCCAGCGGGCCGACCAGGGCACGUACACCUGCGCCGCCAGGAGCCCCUUCGGAGAGGUUUCUGCCUCAGCGAAGCUCUGUGUUCUGGAUAAAGAAGUUCAGCCGCCACGUCCUCCUCCGCAGAACACGGGAAUUUACGACGUCCCGGACGACGAAGACUACGAGAGCUUGUCCAGUGGACUUUCAUAUUAA